AAUGGUUGCCCACAUGGGCACGUCCUAAUAAGUCUUCCUCUCCAGAAUCUAUGCUUCAAAUACAAACCGAACAAAAGUGGGAGGAGAAGAAAGAAAGAACAAAUACUUAUCUCUUUUUGUUAUCUUCUGUCUGAAUAUAAAAAAAUGGAUCCUACUUCGAAUGAUCAUCAAGAGUUUGAACAAGUCGAAGCUAUUGAUGAUCUUCUCGAAGAUUUCUGGUUCUUUGAUAACUUACUUGGCAGAAGAUCAAGAAUCUUGAGGUACUGUCAUUCAGAUCCUUACCCUUUUUCUCCUCCGUCUUCUUCUUAUCUGAAACCUGAUCAAUCCCCGAGAACUGGAGAUUCGGAGAAGAAGCUUCUAGAAGCUCCAACAGUGGGAGAUUUGGUUCCACCGUUGUGUAUAGUGAAAGAAGAAGGUGGGGGCGAGCCUGAGAAAAUGAAAAAGAUGAGAAGGCAGUUCUCUGAGAAGAUUAGGGUUCAAGAACCAACUUACUUGCAGAAGAAGGUUCUAAAAAGUUCUAAAAAGAACAGAACCGGUAAUACUAGUUGUAAUAACAAGAGUGUCAAGUGUUCCCCGAUGGGAGGGAGUUUGCAGAGAACUCAAACAUUACCUACUUACAUAGGAAGAGAAGAUGAUGUAAAUGAGUUUCACGAUCAAGAAGAGAGCGACGAUUCGAGAAUGGGAUACUUGAUCCGUGAAGCCAUGGCAAGCUCUUCUUCCGAGUUUACUCCAACGAAACAGAAUACUCCAAAGAUGUCAAGCAUUCCAAGGCAUAGACCACCGAGAAACUCGAGAUCAGAGGAUGCUAUUAUUCAAGAACUGGUCGUCAAGUCACAAGGAAGUAAAACGCUGCGUAAGACGUUGAGCAGCAUCGAUACUAAAGAGAUUAUGACGUUGAAGGAGUUGGAAAUCACUGAACCGGAGAAGAAAGUAGUAAAAGAUGAGGAAGAGCAGAGGAGGGCCGUGAAAAUCCGGUCAGCAGCGGUGGUGGGACAGCCGAUACCGGUUUGGAUUCCAAAGGAGUCGAGAAGAGACAUGAAAGCUCAAAUCAAGUUUUGGGCUCGAACCGUCGCUAGUAAUGUUCGACAAGAAUGUUGACAAUAACAAAAUGAUUCUCUAUAAACAUAUAACUACAUUUCUCAUAUUCUUUCGUUCCUUUUCUGUUCAAAAACAUUUAUCGAUUACUUUAUACCAAAAAUAAUGAAGCAAAACAUGAUAAUGUGUUUGAUUA